AGAGGUGGAGAAGAUCGAGUGCUUGAGAAAGAAGAGGAAGAAGAUGAAGAUGAUGAAGAUGAUGAAGAUGACGUGUCCGAGGGCUCAGAAGUGCCUGAGAGCGACCGUCCUGCAGGUGCCCAGCACCUCCAGCUUAAUGGCGAGCGGGGCCCUCCUAGCACUAAGGAGAGGGUCAAGGAGUGGACGUCCUGUGGACCCCUCCCGGGGCAGGAUGAAGGGCGGGGACCAGCACCCGGCAGUGGUACUCGCCAGGUGUUCUCCAUGGCGGCCAUGAGUAAGGAAGGAGGAUCGGCCUCUGUUGCCACUGGGCCAGAUUCCCCGUCCCCUGUGCCUUUGCCUCCAGGAAAGCCAGCCCUCCCUGGGGGGGACGGGACUCCCUUUGGCUGUCCUCCUGGGCGCAAGGAGAAGCCAGCGGACCCUGUGGAAUGGACAGUGAUGGACGUGGUAGAGUACUUCACCGAGGCCGGCUUCCCCGAGCAGGCCACUGCCUUCCAGGAGCAGGAAAUCGACGGCAAAUCCUUGCUGCUCAUGCAGCGCACAGAUGUGCUGACCGGCCUUUCCAUCCGCCUGGGCCCAGCUCUCAAAAUCUAUGAGCACCACAUCAAGGUGCUUCAGCAAGGCCACUUUGAAGAUGACGACCCCGACGGCUUUCUAGGCUGAACGCCCAGCAUUGCCCUCCCCGGGUCUAUGCCAGCCCCCAUGUCGCCCGACUCCCCCAGAGUCCUGGAGCUGGUUAGGACACCGGGCCCUGGUGACAGAUUCCGGCAAGGGGCACCUCUGUUCAUCUCCCUUUGUGUCUCACACACACCUGCCCCCGCUCCCCUGCGGCACAUCCACUGCUCCCCAAGGAGGGAGUAUGGGGUGGGACUCCAGGAGGCCAGCCCCCUCCCCGCCCAAGGACAAUUUUGGAAAAAAAUACUGGGCUUCCCCAAAAAUCAUCUUCAGUUCAGCCAGAUGUUUCCUAUAUAAAUGUUUUGUUCUGCUUGUUCAUUUUGGUGGGUGGUCUCUCUCCCCCACCACCCAAGCCCCUUCCCAGCCCGCUGCCCCCGCCCUCCAGCACAGGAGGAUUGGGGAACACCUGGGUUGGGUCCCUGGGUCUUCUUUCCCUUUUCUUUCUGUCGUCAUUGCUCCAGCUGGCUGUAUUGCUUUUUAAUAUUGCACCGAAGGUUUUUUAAAUAAAAUUUUAAAAAAAAAAAGGAAAAGAAAGAAAAA